AUGUCCACGCACCUCCUCCGCCAUGACGGAAACACGCCGAAUAUCAUGACAAUGACUGCCGCGCAACCCUCCCGCGCAACCUCCAUCAUCUCCAGCCAUGAAGCCGCUCCGCCAUCCUCGAGGGACGAGCAGACGAAUAUGAAUAACAAGGAAAAGAAGAAGACGGACAAGAAGAGCACCGAGUAUGUCAUCAAGAGCGGGCUGGCGGGUGGUUUCGCUGGAUGUGCGGCCAAGACGGUCGUAGGCCCUCUCGACCGCGUCAAGAUCCUGUUCCAGACGCGCAACCCCCAGUUUGCUAAAUACACAGGCUCCUGGGCCGGAUUCCCCGAGGCCAUGCGCGACAUCUACGCCACCGCCGGACUGCGAGGUCUGUUCAAGGGCCACUCGGCCACCCUUCUGCGCAUCUUCCCCUAUGCAGGUGUCAAAUUCCUCGCCUACGAACAGAUACGCGCCCGUGUCAUUAAGAACAAGGCACAGGAGACGCCUGUCCGUCGCUUUGUCUCGGGCAGCUUAGCCGGCAUGAUGAGUGUUUUUUUGACAUACCCGCUUGAAGUCAUCCGCGUGCGCCUGGCCUUUGAGACCAACGAAAAUGCACGAAGUAGUCUGGCCACCAUUGUCCGCAAAAUCUACUCGGAGCAGGCCCCCCGCGUCCACCGGCCGGAAAACCCAAUCACCGCAACUGCGACGCAUCUCGUCGAUACCGUCACCCCACGCUCCGGUCUCCCAAACUUCUUCCGUGGCUUCACCCCCACUCUGCUCGGCAUGAUACCCUAUGCCGGCGCCUCGUUUCUCGCCCAUGACCUCAUGUCCGAUUUGAUGCGCACACCCCUACUCGCCCCUUACACCACCCUGCCCAACACCUCGCGCGAAGAAACAAGUACUUCGACGCAUAAGCCCGCCCAGCUCCGUUACUGGGCUGAGCUCACUACCGGCGGCAUUGCUGGCUUCGUCUCUCAGACUGUCUCAUACCCGCUUGAAGUGAUCCGGCGGCGCAUGCAAGUCGGCGGCGUCGUUGGUGACGGCCAUAGAUUGAGCAUGCCCGAAGUGACACGAAGAAUCUAUCUUGAAAGAGGAUACAAGGGCUUUUUUGUUGGCCUGACAAUUGGUUAUGUCAAGGUUGUGCCCAUGGUGGCAGUCAGCUUUUAUGCUUAUGAACGUGGUAAAUAUUAUUUAGGAAUAUGA